AUGCCAGCUCUCAAAUCGUGCUUUAUCCUGGGCGUCCUCGCCACGAUUGUCAAUGCCGCUGUCCACGAGCUCAUCGUCGGCACCUUUGUGUCAAAGGCACUGUACACUCUCGCCUUCGACGAUGAAGACAACAGCCUGGAAUUGAUAGCAAACAUCUCCACGCCGGUGCCAAGCUCCUGGAUCUCACUCAGUCACGACAAGAAACAUCUCUACGGCACGGAUUACAUUUAUGUCGGCGCAGACCACAAUCGCACCAUCCCGCCCGUGUAUGUAGGCUACACGAUUCACAACUCCAGUAGCAUUACCCUCGACAAGUCCCUCUCAGGCGUCAGGCCGUGCAACGGUUCCUCGAUCUAUAUCAUUCCCAGCCCCAAUCCGCCUCACGCCGUCUAUGGUGCCGACUAUUGGGGCACUCCCGGCUGUGGCUGCGUCAUGUCUGUCGAUGCGUCGGGAGCGCUUUCCGAAGUGAUCCAGGAUUUCGAGUACCUCAAUGAUUCUGGCGUGCACGGCAUGUCUUUCUCCCCAGGCUCUCAAGUUCUAUACUCGGCCGACACCCUCGGCAACUACCUCUGGACACACGCCAUCGAUCCAACCACAGGGAGACUCGGCGAGGUACUCGGCAUGGCUGAAGGCCCCUCGCCGAAAGCACACCCGCGACACGUAGUGACGCACCCGUCGGGUAAGGCAAUAUACGCCGUGAUGGAAGGUUCCUCCGAAGUGGCCUGGUAUACAGUCGACUCGACGACCAAUGUCCCAACGAUGCAAGAGCCCAUGUACUCUCUACUUCCUUCGGGCACCAACGGGUUCAGCUAUUGGGGCGAUACACUCGCCCUGUCUGCGUCGGCAAAGUACCUCUGGGCGACCACUCGGGCAAAGAAUGACGGUGUCCCUGGCUACAUCGCGGUAUACGAGCUGAACUGUGACGGCACGAUCGUGAAGGAAAAGUUCCUCAAGGAGACGACAACGAGUGGGGGCGUUGCGAAUGCACUUCAACCAGCUGAGUUCAGCGAUCGGUACGCAGCCUUGACGGAUAACGAGAUCGGCUUUGUUGAAAUCUGGGAGAUGAGAGGGGACGGGAGUGAUGCGGACGUCAUAGCGAGGAUCGAUCUGGCUGAUCAGGGCAAUGCGCGGUAUGCUAGUGGGUGCUGUGCAAAUGCUGUUUGGCUGAAUUAG